GGGUUAGUCUGGGUAGAGACACGGUGGAGGACGGGUGUGUGCAGUACGCCCACCGUCUCUUCAUGCAAACCCUAUAUCUGUGAUUUUAGUAGGAUAGUUUUAUAUAAGUUGCAGGAUGUGUCGAUUAGGAUUGUGGGCCGCCGUGGUCCUUCUUGCAGCCGCCGCCUCUGCCCAACUCAACCAGGAGGACGAUCUUUUCCACUGUCCAGAGAAAUGGGUCCUCCGGGGGCAGCACUGUUACAAAUUCUUCAAUAUUCGACAUUCGUGGGAGAAAGCCGCGGCGUUGUGUAAAAGAUUUGGCUCGGACCUUGUUCUGGUGGAGAGCUACGAGCAGAACAACUUCACGGAGCACCUGGCGCACCAGACGCUCGACCACCCCACCAACAGCUACUGGCUCGGCUUGGUCUCCCUCAACGACCUCUCCACCAACACCCUCGAAUCGGCCGGCGGCAAGCAUGUGUCCCUCUAUUCCGGUUUCUGGGCGCAGGGUCAGCCCAAGGUAACGGAAGGCGAGUGUGUUAGGGGCAGGCUGACCGAUACACACCAGUCAUGGGAACUCAGCACCUGCGAGACUCUCCUGCCGUUCAUGUGCCGCGUGGAGGCCUGUACCAAGGGCGCCGUCCACUGCUCCAAUGGGAGGUGCAUCAACAAGGCGUUCCAGUGCGACGGCCAGAACGACUGCGGCGACAUGUCCGACGAGAUGGACUGUCCCAGCCAGUGCAACUUCUACACGCAGUCCUCCGGCGAGUCCAUCGAGAGCCCCGAAUACCCGAAGAAGUACGGAGCGAACCUGGACUGCAAGUGGACGCUGGAAGGUCCCAUCGGCCACAACGUGAUCCUUCAGUUCUCCGAGUUCGACACCGAGAGGAACUUCGACACCGUGCAGAUCCUGAGCGGCGGCCGGACCGAGGACUCCGCAGCCUCGCUCACCACGCUCUCCGGCAGGCAGGACCUCACCAACAAGCUCUUCAUUUCGGCUUCCAACUUCAUGAUCGUCAAGUUCAAGACCGACGCCUCCGUGGAAAAGCGCGGAUUCAGGGCAUCGUGGAAGACCGAGCCCCAGGACUGCGGCGGCGAGUUGAUUGCGACGCCCCAGGAGCAGGUCAUGACGUCCUACAACUAUCCCCUCGAGUAUCCUGGCGGCCUCGAGUGCCUAUACAUCCUCAAGACUCAGCAAGGUCGUGUCAUCACACUCGAGAUUCUGGACUUGGACCUCGAAGCUGAAAAUGACUUCAUCCUGAUUCGCGACGGCAGCACGCCCUCCGACCCGAUGCUUGCCCGCCUCACCGGCACUCAGGACAAGAACCCCAAGUUCAUCAUCUCCACGGGCCCCUUCAUCUACUUCUACUUCCAAACCAACCUCGGAGUGUCUCGCAGAGGCUUCAGAAUAAGGUAUUCCUCCGGCUGCUCAGUGACAAUCGAAGCCUCAAAGGGAACGAUCACUUCCCCAGCGUUCGGCAUCAGCGACUACCCGACUAAUCAAGAGUGUAGUUAUCUCGUCAAGCGUCCUGGCGGAGGUUCUCUGUCACUGAAGUUCAACGCAUUCGAUGUCGAGGAGAAGGACAGCAUCCAGGUCUACGAUGGAAUGACAUCCUCGCAGGGAUUCCGACUUCAUUCUGGCAAUGGCUUCUCGGCCAAGAACCCUCCUUCAUUCACUCUCACGGCCGAUUCAGGAGCGAUGUUCCUCAUGUUCAACUCCGAUCCUUUGCGACCUGCUGCCGGAUGGUCCGCCAACUUCUCAGCUGACUGCCCCAAGUUGAACGCCGGAGAAGGUGCCAUCGCGUCCUUAACAGACACAUCCUUCGACAGCGUUGUCACCUACACUUGCCCGGUGGGUCAGGAGUUUGCCAACAACAAGACUUCCAUCGUCACAAAAUGCAUGCCAGGAGGCUUCUGGUCAGAGGACUACAUCCCCAACUGCCAGGUUGUCUAUUGUGGCCCUGUGCCCCAAAUUAAUAACGGAUUCAGCAUCGGUGCCACGAAUGUGACUUACCGUGGACAGGCAACAUACCAGUGCUAUGCUGGCUUCGGUUUCCCAAGUAGAAAGCCCGUGGAGACAGUCAGAUGCACAGAACUAGGAGAGUGGGAGAAGCUGCCUGAGUGCCUUGCAUCUCAGUGCCCUGCCCUUCCUGAGACUCCCUUCGCCCGCCAAGAGGUUCUCAACGGUGGCGGAAGAAGCUAUGGCACCGUUGUGAGGUUCGAGUGUGAACCUGGCUACUACCGCACUGGGUUGCCCGUCAUUCACUGCAUGUCUAAUGGCUCUUGGUCUGGCGAAGUCCCCACUUGCUCCAGGAUUCAGUGCCACGAGUAUCCCGAGAUUGAAAAUGGAUUUGUUGCGGAUAUGACUCGCAACUACUACUACGGGGAUGAGGCCCGAGUCCAGUGCCACCGUGGUUACAAGCUGAUCGGCUCCCCCCUCGUCACGUGCGGUCCUGAGCAGAACUUCGUCAAUCUCCCAACUUGUGAAGAUAUUAAUGAGUGCGAAGCAGCCCAAUGUGAUGCAGCUUCAACUGAGUGCAAGAAUACCCCUGGAGCAUUUUCAUGCAUGUGCAAGGCAGGCUUCCGACCCAACCUUAACUGCCGUCCAAGAGGUGACCUGGGUUUGUCUGAUGGUGGAAUCCCAGAUGGGGCUAUUAGCGUGUCUUCUACUGCUGCAAAUUAUGAAAAGAAUAGUGUCCGCUUGAACUCGCAACCCGGCUGGUGUGGUGCUGUGCCCGUCCCAGGCCGCAACUGGGUUAUGGUUGACCUUAGAGUUCCCACAGUUAUCAUCGGCUUCCGAACCCAGCCUGUUGGACUCACUGAUGGCCAGCUUGCCUUUGCCAAAUCAAUUCGUCUCCAAUAUACAGAUGACCUAACAGACGUAUUCAGGGAGUAUACAAACAAUGAUGGAUCACCAGUUGAGUUCAGGAUCACCUCAGGAGCCUCUUUGUCAGUGGUGAAUCUGCCAACCCCUGUGGAGGCCCGUUACAUCCGCCUUACCCUAGCUGACUAUGAGCAAGCUCCUUGCCUCAAGUUUGAGCUUAUGGGUUGUGCCCGCCAAGACUGUACUGAUAUCAAUGAAUGUGAGGAAGACAAUGGAGGAUGUGACCAGAGAUGCAUCAAUUCAGCAGGUUCUUUCUCUUGCCUCUGCAACGUUGGAUAUGAUUUGUUCACAGAAAAUGGAACUGCUGGAUACGUCAUUGAGAAAUCUGAAAGUGGAUUGAGGGAUGGUGACACCUACCGUCUCAACAAGACCUGUGUUCGCAAAAUGUGCCCUGCUCUUGAGUCACCAGAAAACGGAAAGUUACUUGAUACACGAAGCAUGUAUCACUAUGGAGAUCUUGUCAAAUUCUAUUGCAACUUCGGCUACGUCAUGAUUGGAUCCGACACCCUGACAUGCACCAGCAACGGAAUAUGGAAUGGCACAUUACCAGAAUGCAGUUAUGCAUCAUGCACACCACUCCAAGAUGAUCCAGCUCAAGGCCUGUCAAUUAAUUAUGCAGCUCCUGACCAACCAGAAGUCCCCUACAUGGAGAAUGUGACAAUCAGUUGUAAUGUUCCAGGAAGACCACUACGGAAGACGUUGACAUCUGGCUUCCGUGAGUGUGUGUAUGACCCCCAGCUUGGCCUCCCUGACUACUGGCUCUCUGGCAUUGCUCCUCAGUGCCCCCGUGUCAGCUGUGGUCUUCCUGCUGAGACUCCUGGUGCCACUUAUGGCUUUUUCAAGGAUACUCUUUAUGAGACCAAUUUCUUCUUUGGCUGUGAGGAAACCUUCAGCCUUGCCGGCCAAACUAGCAGAUUUGACAAUGCUGUACGCUGUCUGUCUGACUCUAACUGGGACUUUGGUGACCUGAGGUGUGAAGGUCCUGUAUGUUCUGACCCAGGACACCCACCCGAAGGUAUCCAAAUUGCCACAAGCUAUGAGCAAGGAUCUCGUGUUAGUUUUGACUGCACUAGACCAGGAUACAUCCCUAUUACCGAUGAGCCUAUCCGCUGUGUUAGAGAACCAGAGUGUCGUGUAGUUGCUCCCAUUGGCAUAACAUCCGGGAAGAUUCCAGCCUCUGCAAUUAAUGCCACCUCAGAAAGAGGCAACUAUGAGGCACGCAACAUCCGGCUGAACUCUGCUACUGGCUGGUGUGGACAGCAAGAAGCUUUCACAUAUGUGACAGUAGACUUGGGUAAAGUGCACCGAAUCAAGGCUGUUUUAGUCAAGGGUGUUAUCACUAAUGAUGUUGUUGGACGACCAACUGAAAUCCGGUUCUUCUACAAGAAGCAAGAGGGAGAUGAUUAUAUUGUAUAUUUCCCUAAUUUCAACCUUACUGCAAGAGAUCCUGGAAACUAUGGAGAAUUGGCGAUGAUCACUUUGCCAACAGUUGUAACUGCUCGCUUUGUCAUCCUUGGCAUUGUGAGUUAUGACAAGAAUCCCUGCCUCAAGUUUGAGCUUAUGGGUUGUGAAGAUGAGCCUGCUGAAAACCGCCUCCUCGGGUAUGAUAUGGGUUACCCAGUGUGUGUUGACAAUGAGCCACCUCAAUUUGCCAAUUGUCCAGCCAACCCCAUAGUGGUACAGAAAGGUCCAAAUGGAGUCCAAAGUGUCAACUUCACAGUACCUACAGCUUACGACAACUCUGGUAUGAUUGCGAGGACAGAAGUGAGACCACCAGGAUUCCGUCCUCCUAUCCACAUCUUUAAGGAUACAAUGGUGGAAUAUUUAGCAUUUGAUUUUGAUGGAAAUGUUGCCAUCUGUCAGAUUAAUAUCACUGUCCCUGAUGACAUUCCUCCAUCAAUUACCUGCCCCCAGAGCUAUGUUAUUGAACUGGUCGAGGAGCAAGAGAACUACAGAGUCAACUUCAAUUCCACUCUUACAUUGUCUAGUGUAAAUGCAAGUGAUGACAGUGGGGAAUACACCCUAAAGGUAAUGCCAGAAGUUGCACUCAUCCGUGUUGGUGGCUAUGAGAAUGUUACUGUUCUUGCCACUGAUCCCUCAGGAAAUAGCGCUUCUUGCAACUUCCAAGUAGCUGUACAAGCCACUGCCUGUGUAGACUGGGAACUGAAGGCUCCAGCCAACGGCAAGCUUAACUGUCCUCCAAACCAGGGUGAAGCUGUGCAGUGUUUGGCUACUUGUGAUACAGGAUUCAGGUUUACCGACAACAUGCCAGUGAAAACUUUCACCUGCACAGAGGAGAACAUGUGGCAACCAAGCCGCAUGGUGCCAGACUGCGUAAGCGAAAAUACAGAACAAGCUAGCUAUGAUGUUCUAGCAGAUGUUGUGUACAGAGCCAAUGGAGCAGUGCAGCCUACAUGUCUCACUCAAUAUGAAAGUCUUGUACAGCAGUUUUAUGAAAGCCUUAACGGUGUCUUAUCUAGUCGCUGUUCAGCUGCAGUUAAUGUUGCUAUUGAUGUCAUGUUCCAUGAAACAAGACUAAAGUUGGUACAGGAAAAUAUGGUUCAUGUUUCCUAUGUACUCCGUAUCACACCUGAGGUAAAGCAGAAACUUCUCUACGACCUCUGUGGCUCAACCCUGUCUCUCAUCUUUGACCUGAGUGUACCUUCAACUUCUGCUGUAAUUGAACCAAUCCUUGACUUGUCAUCUGCAGGUAAUGCUUGUCCACCAAUGCAGGCACAACGUUCUAAUGUUUCACGAGGUUUUACUUGCAACGUUGGUGAAGUCCUCAAUACUGAGACAUCGGAAGUGCCCAGAUGCCUACACUGUCCUGCUGGAACCUUUGCCAGAAAGGAAGAAACAAUGUGUACACCUUGCCUGGCUGGGUUCUACCAAGACCAGAGCCGCCAAGGUUCUUGCAAGCGUUGUCCCCCAGGAACCUACACUCGAACCACUGGCACAAAGUCAAGCUUGGAAUGCGUACCUGUAUGUGGAUUCGGAACAUACUCACCAACUGGACUUGUUCCUUGCCUCAACUGCCCACGCAACUCUUACACAGAAGCACCCCCGGUAGAUGGCUUCAAGGAGUGUCAGGCUUGUCCACCAGAAACAUUCACUCAUGCUCCAUCUACUUCUUCACAGCAGAUGUGUCGCCAGAAGUGCCGACCUGGAACUUACUCAGACACAGGGCUGGAACCCUGCGCUCCCUGUCCACGAAACUUCUAUCAGCCUUCAAUUGGCAGUACAAGUUGCUUUGAAUGCUCUACAGGCAAUUACACUGAUGAUGAAGGUGCUACUUCAAGUGAGAUGUGCUUAUCUGUUGCUUGUUCAGGAGUCUGUCAGAAUGGAGGCUUAUGCUUGGCUCGCCAGCAUCAGGUACAGUGCUAUUGCCCUGCAGGCUUUACUGGGCAGUUCUGCGAAGUUGAUGUCGAUGAAUGCGCUUCAAGACCUUGUUACAAUGGAGGCAGUUGUGUGGACCUUCCUCAGGGAUACAGAUGCGACUGUUCUGAAGGCUACAGUGGCUUACAGUGCCAAGAUGAAGAGAGUGAAUGUGUAGAAGGCACCUGUCCAGAUCGCGCAAUGUGCAAAGAUGACCCAGGCUUUGAUACCUUUGAGUGUCUUUGCCGCUCUGGUUACACUGGUGUAGGAUGUAACAUUACUGUUAACCCAUGCACAGAAAAGGGCAACCCAUGCACCAAUCAAGGAACAUGUGUACCUCUAGAACAAGGAAGAUUCCGAUGUGAAUGUCAGGCUGGCUGGGAGGGCCGUCUCUGCGAAGUGAACAUUGACGAUUGUGCAGAAAAUCCUUGCCUGCUUGGAGCUAAUUGCACAGAUCUGCUCAAUGAUUUCCAGUGUGACUGUCCCAAUGGAUUUACUGGCAAACGCUGUCACGUCAAGGUUGAUCUUUGCCAGAACUCUCCUUGUAUUAAUGGUGUUUGUGUGGAUAAUUUCUUCUCUCACUCAUGUGUGUGCCACCCUGGCUGGACUGGCGAGAGCUGUGAGGUCAACAUCGAUGAGUGUGCUUCUGAACCCUGCCAGAAUGGUGGUCAUUGUGUGGACAGAGUCAAUGGGUAUCACUGUACUUGUGACACUGGAUAUACAGGUAAAGUCUGUCAACACACAGUUGAUGACUGUGCAUCAGAACCUUGCCAGAAUGGUGGUACCUGUGUCGAUGAACUGGAUGGCUUCUCAUGCGAGUGCAGACCUGGCUUUGUGGGACUCCAGUGUGAAGCUUCUAUCGAUGAAUGCAUAAGCAAUCCUUGCAAUCCGGUUGGCACAGAGAAGUGUCUUGAUUUAGAUAACAUGUUCAAGUGCAAAUGUCAUGUAGGAUAUGAAGGCGAGUUCUGUGAAGUCAACAUUAAUGAAUGCGAACCUGAUCCUUGCCACAAUGGAGCUGCGUGCACAGAUGGUGUUGCAGAUUUCACAUGCACCUGUCCACCAGGAUGGACUGGCAAGCGCUGCGAGGUGGACAUUGGCGGCUGUGAGUCGGCACCUUGUCUGAAUGACGCUCAGUGCAUCAAUCUCUUUGAGGAUUACUUCUGCGUGUGCCCAUCAGGUACUGACGGCAAACGGUGCCAGGUGACCCCAGAACGCUGUGUAGGCAACCCAUGUAUGAAUGGUGCUUCGUGUCAAGACUACGGUUCAGGCCUCAACUGUACUUGCUCUGAGGACUUCACUGGUAUUGGUUGUCAGUUCGAAUUUGACGCUUGUGAGGCUCAGCUCUGCGAGAAUGGAGCUACAUGUAUCGACCAAGGUGCAGGCUACCAGUGUGUGUGCCCACCAGGCUUCACAGGGAGACACUGUGACCAGGACAUAGCUGACUGCACAUCAACCUCCUGCCCACCUGGCGCUAGCUGCAUCGAUCUUACAAAUGACUUCUAUUGCAAGUGUCCAUUUAACCUCACUGGCGAGGACUGCAGGAAAGUCAUCAAUGUCGACUACGAACUUUACAUCAAUGAUGAGAGCAAGACUUCGAGCGCCUCCUUGGCCACACCGUUCCACCUGGGCAUGGCCCCGUCCUUCACAGUGGCCAUGUGGGUGCAGUUUGCUAGCUCUGAUGACCUUGGAACGUUCUUCACCCUUUAUUCCGUCUCGAGCCCAUACAUUCCAACUGAUAAGAAAGUGCUGCUCCAAGCCACUAAUGCCGGAAUCGCUGUUGAAUUCUUUGAGGACGUAAAGCAAUUUGUGACGUACCGCUCCAACAUCCCUGUUAAUGAUGGCCAGUGGCACCAUGUCGCCCUGGUGUGGGACGGCGCCGCAGGCACUCUGACUCUCACCACCGAUGCCGUUGUCGUGGCACAGGUUGAAGGAUUCGGGCAAGAUCGUAUGCUGCCGAUGUAUGCUUGGGUGACACUCGGAUCCGUAGAGUCAGAGUUUGCAGGAUACACUAACGAGCGUGGAUUCCAUGGGCGCAUCGCUCGUCUGAAUGCCUGGAAUCGGGCCUUGGACUUCCGCACAGAGAUUCCCAAGAUGGUCCGAUCCUGCAUGAACUCGCCCGUAAUCUUCGACGGCCUCCUCCUGAGAUGGACAGGCUAUGACAACGUCAAAGGAAACGUCGAGCGCGUCGGUCCUUCAACCUGCGGUCAGUACGUGUGUCCUCCGGGCUACACUGGGGACUGCUCUGUGCUGGAGAGGGACAAGACCCCACCUCGCGUGAACCACUGCCCAGGAGACAUGUGGGUCAUCACUCGCAAUGGGUCAGAGGUCGUGACUUGGGAUGAGCCCGUCUUCUCCGAUAACAUUGGUGUGACACAGAUAAUUGACAAGUCCGGCUAUUCUUCUGGUCAGGCCUUCACAUGGGGAACCUACGACAUUGCAAGAGUAGCUUACGAUGCCGCCGGUAACUCUGCAACCUGUGCUUUCAACAUCUACGUCCUCGAAGACUUCUGCCCCAAGUUGGACGACCCUGUGGGCGGCAUUCAGCGCUGCGCCGACUGGGGUCCCGGAGGCCGAUUCCAGGUGUGCAAGAUCGAGUGCAAUGAUGGCCUCAAAUUCUCGCAGGAGGUCCCCGACUUCUACACCUGCGGCGCCGAGGGCUUCUGGAGACCGACGCCAGAACCGACCUUCCCCCUUGUAUACCCUGCCUGUGCCCCUGCCAGCCCUGCCCAGAGGGUGUUCAAGAUCAACAUGCAGUUCCCGUCUUCAGUCAUCUGCAAUGCCGCCGGCCAGAAUGUGCUAAGCGAGAAGAUUCGUCUUGCACUGAACAAGCUCAAUGCCAACUGGAACUUCUGCACCGACACUGCAACAUCCACCGGCAUCUGCAACGGGCUUGACGUGGCUGUCGACUGCUCAAGGAGAAGCAGGUUGGCUCGCGAGGCCGUCGACGUCAGGGCGAGGAGGCAAGCAUCUCCAGACUCUGACGAUGUUUAUGACGUCAAGAUCACCUUCCCUUCUGUAAACGACCCCGUCCAGCACUCCAACGCCGAGCUCGAGUCCACCGUCAGGCGUCUCAUCGAAGGCAUUAUCCUGGAGAAGGACGAGUUCGACGUCCGCGACGCCCUGCCCAAUGUGGUGCCCGACCCGUCUUCGCAGCUCAACUCCGAGUACUCCUGUCCUGUGGGCAAGGUUGUAGUCGGUAGCGAAUGCGUGGACUGCGCCCCUGGCACCUAUUACAGUACCGAGACCAAAACAUGCGAGCUUUGCGAGCUGGGAACCUACCAGAACGAGAUGGGCCAGGUCGCCUGCAAGGCCUGUCCCCAGCGAGCGGGUCGCCAGGGCGUGACCAAGAUGCCCGGGUCCCGCUCUGCCGAGGACUGCCAGGAGCGCUGUGCUGCUGGAAGGUACUUCGACGAGCAGAUGAGCGUCUGCCGCUCCUGUGGCUACGGAUACUUCCAGUCUGACGAAGGAAAGUUCUCCUGCAAGAGGUGCGACCGUGGCCUCACCACGCGCACCAAGGAGGCAGUCUCUGCCUCCGAAUGCCGCGAGGAGUGCGAGUCGGGUCUCCAGCUGGGAACCACUGGCCCGUGCGAGCCGUGCCCGCGAGGCACCUACCGUACCAAGGGCAUCCAUUCGUCGUGCAUCCGUUGCCCAGCCGAUCGUACGACCCAAGGACCCGGCGCCUCGUCCCUGGAGGAGUGUUCUCUCCCUAUCUGCAUCGCUGGCACCUUCCUGUCGAACUCCGAGUGCCUGCCGUGCCCCAAGGGUUACUACCAGCCCGAGGCACUCCAGACAGCUUGCCUGAGCUGCCCGAAAGACACCUCGACCCGUGACGUUGGCGCCACCUCGGAGGAGGAAUGCUCCAACCCUUGCGAGGUUCACGGAGAACAGAUGCUGUGCGAUUCCAACGCCCUCUGCCUCUUCAUCUCGGAAACCAGCGACUUCGAAUGUCGGUGCAAACCAGGAUACAACGGAACCGGCGAAUACUGCGUUGAUAACUGUGACAAUUUCUGUGAGAAUAAUGGCAUGUGCCGGAAAAACGAGAACGGGGACCCAUACUGCGUGUGCUCCGGCUCCUUCACUGGCAACAGAUGCCAUCUCAAGAGUGACUUCACGUACAUCGCCGGUGGCAUCGCGGGCGCCGUGGUGUUCGUCAUCCUGAUCGUCCUGUUGGUCUGGAUGAUCUGCAUUCGAGCCACGAGGCGAAGGGAGCCGAAGAAGGGCUUCCUCGCGCAGCCUUCGACGGACCCCAACGGCUCGCAGGUCAACUUCUACUACGGCGCCCCUGCUCCUUACGCGGAGAGCAUCGCGCCCUCUCACCACUCCACAUACGCCCACUACUACGACGACGAGGAAGACGCGUGGGAGAUGCCAAACUUCUACAAUGAGACCUAUAUGAAGACUGGGUUCCAGAAUGGUGCAGGAAAUAGUCUGGCUCGCUCUAACGCCUCGAUCUACGGCAACAAGGAAGACCUCUAUGACCGUCUGCGCAAGCAUGCAUACCAGGGCAAGAAAGAUAAAGACGAGACAGGUGACAGUGACGACCAAAAUCUCUGAUUCUUGUUGUUUAUUCUAAAGUGUCAAAACAUAUAUAUAUUAUGUUAAUUAGUUUCUACUUAAUUUACGACAUGGUCAUCUAUCUUUUUUUUUUUCUCUUACAAAAUGACAAAAAAGGAGAAUCGGUAAAUAAUGUAUAGUAAAUGACUCCGCCGGUUGGCAAAAAAAAAAAAAAAAAAAAGCUUCUGGAAAAUAAUGGCAUUAUCUCCACAUAUCACCAACCGCAAGGAAUCUCUACUGACGGUGCCUGUCCUUAGACUAGGAGCAAAGAAGCACGGUUAGACGGAGGCUAACGAGGCCCUGCAGGUGUCCCCUUGGCCCCUGGCUAACCUGCCCCGUGCCCUGAUAUGUUCAUCAGCGGAUGACACCCAAAAUGUUAACCCGGAACUGGAUCUCAAGGCGGGAGACUAGGAACAAUAGUUUAUGUCAAAGGGUUUAUGCUUUCAGAAGACAAAGUCACGGAGAAAGUCUUAAAAACUGUAGUGUUAGGAGUCGGUGUUUCUCCUCCCCUUGAGUUCCACUUCUGAGGGACAGACUUGUGUGAAGUUAAUUAUAUUUUUUUUCCCGAACUCAGGUGCGUGGAUGAGUUAUCACGUGUGAAUGCGAGUGUCUGUGAUUUGUUAUACUAUUCUCAAGCUUAUCUAUUUGUCAGACAAUUACAAAAUCGUUUUUCUACAGGUAAUGUAAUUUUACCAAACACCAUGGUUUGUGCAGGCAAUCCUUAUUUAUUUAUGCACUAGUUAACAUUUCUUAAUCUUUUAUUUUGUAUUUGCCGAGGAUAAAUUAUGAACACUUGAGAUUGGUGCGAAAGAGAUCUGAGUUCAGAGCUGUACAAGAAUACAGUUUUAAUGUAUUGUUAAGUUUAUUGUGGGAUGCAGUAAGGUUUUUAAGAAUUUUACUGUUUAAUUGUUUAUAUGGAUUAAAUACAUUCCAAAGUAUAUUUCACAACUGUAUAACUUUAUAGGCUACAAUAUUAUUGUAAAAAAAAUAUUUCCUUGCGGACAUUUCUCUGUCCUGCUCAAGAUUGUGAAUACACGUUAUUUUUUGUCAAAUAUUUGUAUACUGUAAUAUUAACAAAUAUACUCUGUAAGCCCUUACAACACAUAAAUAAACUUAAAUUUUAA